AUGUCUCUUGACAAUACAACUUCUAAUAAAAAUUCUGAUUUGCAAUAUUUAAUUACUUUUAAAUAUAACUAUUAUGAUGAAUUGAUAAUCAAUCAUGAACUAGUAAGAGCUACUGAUAAUGAAAUAAAUAAAGAACAAAAAUAUAUAAAAAAAUCAGACAAAGAUACAAAUAUAAAAAUAAGUACUAGAAGAAGUAAAGAAAGAGGUAAGGAUAGAGAAAAAGGUAGAGGUAAAGGAAAAGAAAAGACCAAAGGAAGAGAAAGAGGUAAGAAAGAGAAAGAAAUAAAGAACAAAGUAAUUAUUUAA